GGAAUUGGCCUAUCAUUAUCAUCAUUAUCACCAUCACCGUCUCUCAACACUUCUUCUCUCCCCCCACACUGAAACAAAGUGCUGCUGCUUCUGCUGCUGCAAAAGAAGAUAUCCUCAUUUCAGAUCGUACGAUUCUGGUGUCCAAAAAUUCUGUAAUUCCAGUAGUUUAUAGCAAAGAAGAAUCCGUGUCCGACGAAGAGAGAAUUUAAAAAAGACAUAAGCGUUAAUUGGGAGAGAAAAAAAAUUCUAGAUUGCAUAGAAUUUGAGUACUCCAAUGAAGAGAGAAAUUAAUACUACUAUCAAAAUUAUUGCGAAAGUAAUAGCGGGAAAUUAAAGAAGGAUCGUAAUUGGAGAGAUAUAAUUGAAACAUCGAUGAGAAGAUAUAAGAGCAAGUCGAAGGGAAUUGGAGAAAUGACGGUUGGCCAGGUGGAAGAGGUAGCAGUGAAGAUGACAGCAUCAGCUGAAGGGGAGGUUUCAGAGGUUGCCGGCCGUUCAAAGAAGAGGAAGAUGUGUGAUGGUGAUUUAGAGAUCUCAUCAACUGUAGCUUGUGUUAGAAGUCACUCUGAACAUAUUUCAGUUGCACAGGAGAGUUUAGUUACUCCGACGAGCGAGCUCAGUUCUCACGCUGCUCUUAGCUCUAACUUUGAUGACGCUUUAUUAGCAUCUUGCUGUGCAAGUUAUGAAAGCUCGAAAUCCCUAGAUCUGGAAGAGGAGACAGUGGAGAUUGCAACGCCGAAGAGUAAAGAAAGUGUUAAAGCUGAACUACGCCAAAUAGAGUCACCGACGAGACCACACCAUGCCAAUUCUCGCCGCCGACUAACGGAGGAAAAAAUGCCCUCGGAGACUGACCUUGAAGAAUUCUUUGCUGCAGCCGAGAAAGAUAUCCUUAAACGAUUUACCAAAAAGUACAACUUUGACUUUGUGAAGGAGAAGCCAUUGGAAGGUCACUACGAGUGGGUCCGAUCGACUAUAAAACCAUGAAGAUGAAUGGAGAUUAGCAAGAUUAACAACACGAUUUUACAAGCUAAGACCACGUACGAGCUUCUCAAUCUAAUUUCCUGGUAGCGCACUGAUUCUAGUAUUUCCUAGUAUAUUUUAAGUAUUCGUGCUUCUAAAAUAAUUCUCUCUUUUUCUCCUUUUUUCUUUUAUUUAUGGUUUAAGUUUGGAUAUGUACAGUUAGUUCUCUUCUUUCUUUCCACGUAUGGGAGCAAACCGGUCUCCCUUUGUGUUAAUUAAAAUUAGUUGCAUCUAGAAGUUGUGCACGCUGAAGCUGAACUCAAAAUUUACAACUGAUAAAUGAGAAGAAAGGCUCUUUUUUAUUAAA